GCACGCAGUUGAUUUGUCUGGAGAGUUUCACAGGAAAGUGUGGCAUUCACGACCCAGCGCUCAUGCAGUACAGAGCCUCCACAACUGCCUGCCUGUACUGUAAAAACAAGAUCCCAGCACACACUCAGAGAGAGAGAGAGAGCAGAUGUGGAGUGCGUGAAAGAGGAGGGAACAGUAAGGUGAACUCCAAAGGGAAAAUCUGAGAGCAGCAAUAGUAGAAAGGCAAGUAAGGACACAGAAGGACUUUCCACUGCUUGAAUCCUUUCACAUUCAACUUUAUUUUACUAUAUUACACAAGCUUUGAAACAUGGAAGUGAUUGAAGAGGCCCGUUUGCACCUGGAGGUCCCAGAGCCAAACAAAUCCCUCACAGAGAUCUCUGAUGAUGAAAUCAACCUCCCUGCCUCUGAAGACGAAGAUGAGGCCAUUGAGAACGAAGCCAAAGAGGGUGGUGAGGGAGACAAGGCUGGAGAUGGAGACAAAGGUGAAAUAAAUGGAGUCAUUGUCCUGGCCCUACUAGAUAAGAUCAUUGGAGCCGUAGACCAGAUCCAGCAAACACAAGCCGGGCUUGAAGUCCGUCAACGGGAUAUGGAGAGAUCCGUGACAGGCAUCCAAGGGGAACUCACCAAACUGUCCAAGAGCCACACCACCACAUCCAACACGGUCAAUAAGAUGCUGGAAAAGGUGCGUAAGGUGAGCGUGAAUGUGAAGACUGUGCGGGGGAACCUGGAGAAACAAGCCGGGCAGAUCAAACGACUGGAGAGCAAUGAGAACGAGCUGCUGAAGAGGAGAAACUUCAAAGUCAUGAUCUACCAGGAUGAUGUAAAAGUACCUUCAAAAGUGAAUAUAGCCAAGUCUAUGAAGAUUUCAGAACCAGUAGAGGGAGAAGGGGAAUUAGAACUUAAAGUAGCUGCAGAAGAAGGAGGAGAGGACAAAGAAAAAGGACAUCUGGACCUGUCUUCUGAUGAAGAGGAGGUCGAAAUUGAGGAGACCAUUGAGGAAACGCGGGCAGAGCGUAUCAAACGCAGCAGUCUGCAACGUGUCCAAAACAUAAAAACUGCUUUCUCCAAGGAAAAGAUGGAGAAAACCAAGCAAAAGACAAAGGAUAACUUAGAGAAGACCAAACAGAAGACCAAAGACAACUUGGAAAAAACUCGCAUGAAGACCAAAGAGAACUUGGAGAAAACCAAACAGAAGACCCGAGAGAACCUGGAGAAAACCAAACAAAAGACCCGAGAGAACCUGGAGAAAACCCGUCACAACAUAGAAAAAAAGAUGGGCAAACUCAGCACUCGCAUGUCUGUGAACCCUGAGCGGAAGGAGAAGCUCAAGUCCUCGCAGAAGAAGGUGAUGAAGUCCUUCACACCUGACCACACCAUUUAUGCCUGCUCCAAAACGGCUGUCUACAAGGUGCCGCCAUUCACCUUCCACGUGAAGAAGAUCCGUGAGGGGGAAGUGGAGAUCCAGGGAACCGAGAUGGUGGAGGUAGGUGGGGACACAGAGGAGGUGGACAAUGGAAUGAAAGGAGGAGAAGAUGAGGAGAUGGAGAUGGAAGGUGGCGAGAUGGUGGAGGAGGACGAGGAGACAGAGGACAGCCCUGAGAUGCAGGCACUGCUGGAGAUGGGAGAUGACUCGGAGCUGGUGUUGUUGGAAAAAGACCACGAUAGAGACAGCGAUUAGAGAAAAAAAGAUUGUCUACGUGUGUAUGUGUAUAUGUCUGUAUAAGUGUGCCUACACACUAGAGAAAACUCUGAUAGGACAUUUUUCAAAUAGGAAAGUGUAAGAUGCAUUUUAAGUGUGUGGAAACAGCUGGAUAAGUUUAAAAUCAAGUAGGAAUACAGUGAAUUUCUGGCCGGGUCUGAUGGGGGUGCUGGAGGGUUUCAUUGGCCCUCUAGAUUUUCCUUAUGCACCCCCAUAAACUUCUGACACCUCCCCGAAUGAGAAUGAAACAUGAUCAAGGGGGAUCAACACACCCCACCCUGUCCUGUACGACUCCCCCUUGAGACAACCAGUUGACAACCAGUUGCCCAGCUCUGGGUGAAUUGGAUUUUCCAAAAGAACCACUGGACAUAUAACAGCAUCACUUUCACUAAUACUUGCAUUUUUCCUCAAUCCCCAUUAAAAUCAAUGGAUUCACAGUGUUCUCGGACAUACUCUAGUGUGUAGGUGCCCUAAGUGUGUAUGCUGCAUACUGCUGGUUAAAAUGUUGGAUGUUGCAGGCAAAAGUGCAUGUAUCCAUGUGUGUGUGUGUGUGUGUGUGUGUGUGUGUGUGUGUGUGUGUGUUUGCAUCUUUUCUGGCAGCAAAAUUUAAAAAUGUAAGGUGACUCCAGUUAUUGGGUCUGUUCCUCAAACUUAUGAGCUUCCAUCGGCAGCAUUUUAAGACAUCAUAGUCAUGCUCCCAAAACAAAGGCUGUUCCAAAAGGUAGGUAUCCGAAUUAUGAUGCUACCUUAGAAUUAGGCCAAUAUUAGUUAUAUGAUGAGGCAUCGUAUGUACCCUUCCCCGGGUAGGUGAUCCCAGAAUGCACCAUGAUGAGCUCAGCGGAAAAAAUUAAUUCAAGAUGGCGAUUGAAGAGAGAGCGAUUUGGAUUAUAUAUACACUUAUAUUCCAAUCAGUUCUGAAAAGUAUCUUUUAAAUUGUGUUUAAUAUCAAAGUAAACUGACAAUUUUACCCAAAAUGUGUUUGUAUGAUGCAUAUUUAUGCUCAGGAUCGCUAUAUUCCUCCUGCGUCACAUGUAUUGAAAUCAGUUGCACGUGGAGUCUCUCGUGUGCGUGUGAGCACUAUUUGAUUGAUGUGCGGAGCUGGCGCCUAUGUAGAACAUUCCAAAUCACUCUCUUAUGAGGCAUCAUGUCAGUAAGGAUGCUGCCAUAGAAGACAGCUGCCUGUGUAGGCAGGAUGCAGCAACGCAGCUCACUAAGUUUAAGAACAGACCCAAUGUGUGUGAGAUUGAGAGAUUUACUGUACUAGUCCAAGUAAAUUAGUUCCUCAUGAUAAACCAGUGCUUUUGCAUGAUUCUGCAUGGAUGCUGCUAAGUCCAGCACUACAUGAAAAAAUACUGAGUUCACCUUUAACCUAAUUUAAAUUGUUGGGCAAGGGGUGGGAAUUGGGCAUGCUGACCAAUAAGAUGCAAGAUGGGGCCAGAGGUCCCUGGAAACAUUAUUAGGUUAUUUCAAAUAAUGAGACCGAUGACCAUGUGAUCAAAUGAACAACAGACUUGGAUAAGUGGUUCUAUCCAACUAGAAGAUACUAUACUUCACUUAUCAUAAAAGCUGGGGAAACAAAACAAGAAAAAAAAAAUCCCUGAAGUAUUGCUUCCAAGUGCUAUUUUUAUAUAUAUUGUAAUUUUAGGGUUGAAUCAUGUAACUUCUUUCUUAAAACAGGCUUCUUUCUGUCGCAUCAAACAGAAUUUAAUACAUCAUUUUAUCCUCCUAAUGUUUUACAAAUCAUCAAAAAUAUAAAAGUAUUUUUUUUUAAUUAAAUAUGCAGUAUACAGUAUAUUUAAUUGAACUUUGUUUUAAUUAUAUAUGUUUUAUAUUAUAUAUAAAAUUACCCAACUCUAGCUCUGCAGGCUUGCUUUAUUUUGCAAAAGUUCAACAAAAAGGCAUCAGUGCUUAUAACCCAUUGAAAACUACUCGUUGUGUAACAUUUGCACGUCCCCUGGUGGACAUGUGUGCUAAUGUUGUAAUGGGCCAAUGAGUGGUGAGCCUUUGCCUGUUGUCUAUAGAUAGAAGAGCACAAACAUUCUUACAAAAUAGGUAUGAAUGGCAAAAAUCACAUGUUCUGCUAGCACAAUCACAUGUACUCCGAGCAACAGUCUUGAUCUGUACUAACCAAAUGAAUAUGAAUUACUGCUGUGACACCAAACAGACAUUUCUUAUGUUUCUCUCAUAUUUCCAGAGAGUUCCUUUACCAUUAUCGUCACUGCUCAGUUUGUAACAUUUUAUAAUUGCUUCAUAGUCUUGCAAAACUCCUAUUUUACUUUAAGCAUAUUACCUUUGUUGUUGAAUAUUUGCUUGUUUAGCUGGUGAUGCAUAUUAAUACUCACUUGUAAUGUCACACUUCUUAACCACUAAUGUGUUAAUAAAAGCAAUCUGCUUCACAAUCCAUGAGUGCUGUUUA